CAAGACAGUGUGGAGGAAAAGGUGACGAAUCAGAAGAGGAAAAUAAAAAACCUUUCCAGGGAGAGAGAGUGUUCAGCAAAACCAUGUAUGAAUGGCACAGGAAAGAGUAAGUCACAGGCUCUGGGUGAGGAUUCAGAAUGGGAGACAAGCCUAUCUGGGAGCAGAUUGGGUCCAGCUUCAUACAACAUUACUACCAGCUUUUUGAUGCAGACAGGACUCAAUUAGGAGCAAUAUAUAUUGAUGCAUCAUGCCUUACGUGGGAAGGACAGCAGUUCCAGGGCAAAGCAGCCAUUGUUGAAAAACUCACUAGCCUCCCUUUCCAAAAAAUACAACACAGCAUCACAGCACAAGACCACCAGCCUACACCUGACAGCUGUAUACUCAGUAUGGUAGUGGGACAGCUUAAGGCUGAUGAAGAUCCUAUCAUGGGGUUCCACCAGAUAUUUCUAUUAAAGAACAUCAACGAUGCCUGGGUUUGCACCAAUGACAUGUUCAGGCUAGCAUUGCACAACUUCGGCUGAGCUGCCCAGCCCGAGGCUCCCGUGCUUUUUUUUUUGUUUUGUUUUGUUUUCGUUUUCCUCCUCU